AUGUUGGAGUACUUGACGCCGAGCGUAGACAUCAAUCAAAGUGUCGGGGGCCACGCGGUCGCUAUCACCGACAUCAUAACAGGGCGGUUCUUCUCGCGGUAUCUGCGACGCUUCCUCUGCAUAGGUCCAAUACUGCGACGGUCUACGAGUUCCACAGAUCAUCUAGACCCAUGCCAUUUUUCCUACGAUGUUGAUAAUGGCUUGAGGUUGACGGAUACGGUGUACGGGUUGGACGACACCAUCAGCAGCCUCGACGAUAUCGACCACAGCGUCGUCAGAUAUACGCUGCACAGAGGUACUCCGUCAUUCUCGAAGCAAACCACCCUAUCGAUAACUAUUGGGUGCAUGUGGACCCUAACUCGGGCUAUCAAAGAAGAUGGUGGCGAUCGAGGAUGGGUACCUUUAUGGCUCAUUGGUAAGGUGCCUACUCCUGGCGCGGUGACGCCGACACCGAGCACGAGCGCAAGCUCUGCUCGCAUUCAGCAGUGGACCCUCCGUCUCCUUCGACACUGAGAGUGCAAACCAAAAUCAGGUUUCACCAAUGUCCUCCGCCUUCCCCGUGCAGAAUAGAAAUAUGAUAUCCAUACCACACCGUACUAACAGUGAUACGACGACCCCUCGUGAACAUAUUCCAUCCUUCACUGCUGAUAUUUCCGCAUGCUUGGUUCCUUAUUGGGGUGUUGUGGUUGAUCUGAUGUUGUGUGUAUCAUUUCACUGAUUCCAGUUGCGGGGCUAGCCGUGUAGAUGCGCCAGAUACGUCUCAUCGCCGCACCCCAGGCAGUCCAUUGCUACA